UUUUGUAUCCGCAUAGUUGGCGAGCGGCCAAAUGAUUACAGUGAAUUAAUAUAUUGUGCAGACAGGAAAAAACUUACAUUUUCGGUUUUAAUCAGUGAUUAAAAGCUACAAAAUAGUGACAAAAUGGCGGAGGAUAAAGAGUGCAAGAUAUUUAAAGCAAAAUUGUGUGAACAAGCCGAGAGGUACGAUGAAAUGGCGGAAUGUAUGAAAGAUGUGGCUGAGGUGGAUCACGAGUUGACAUCAGAGGAAAGGAAUUUACUCUCGGUGGCUUACAAGAAUGUGGUUGGGGCACGUCGGUCUUCAUGGCGCGUUUUGUCGAGUAUCGAGCAGAAAGAUUCAAAUGAAAAGCAGGCGGGUGUUGCGAAAGAAUACCGUGAAAAAGUGGAAAAGGAACUGACUGAUAUUUGCGAUGAAGUCAUUGCCCUUUUGGAUAAAACUUUGAUUAAGGAGAAGGGCCCUGCUGAUAGUAAAGUGUUCUUUCUGAAAAUGAAAGGGGACUAUUACCGUUACCUGGCUGAGGUGAGCGACAAGAAAACGGAGGUUGUUGAAAAGUCUGAAGAAGCGUAUAAAAAGGCCAUGGAAUGUGCAGAGGAACUGGCAGCCACCCACCCCAUCCGGCUCGGACUCGCGCUGAACUUUUCUGUAUUUCAUUACGAGAUAAAGAAUAAUCCUACAGAAGCUUGCACGAAGGCUAAACAAGCGUUUGAUAAAGCGAUAGCAGAGUUGGACACUUUAGAAGAAGAUGCAUACAAGGAUAGCACCCUAAUUAUGCAAUUGCUAAGGGACAAUCUAACGCUGUGGACCUCUGAAAAAGAGGGGGAGCAAGAAGAGGAUUAGUGAUCAAAAUAUCUGAUUUUACAUUCAUUAAGGAUAUUUAUCGGACACUUAGUUACAUUAAUUCAAUUUUCCAAUUUGCUAAGUGAAAAAGAAUAACCUGCAGUACCCUAGGUAUCUGUAUAUAUAUUUAUAAUAUACAAAUAUGUAAUUAUCAGAUGUAUGUGCAUUGUAUUUACACUUGUGCAUGGUUAAACUUGUAGUCUUAUUAAUAUACAAUUUUUUAUUAACAUCUGAGAACCUGUACAAUAUUUAUUAUCAUUUAUAAAGGGGUCUGUGACAUAGGCUGGUAUUUUGUUCAGUGCAGGUGAUCGAUUCACAUGCUUUAAAAGCUUCAUAGAACAACAUGAAAGUCGUGUACUCAUUCUUUUUGCGUAUGUUUUGAUUUCUUUUCUACAAAAAACAUCAGAGGUAAAGAAAUGUCUUCAGUUAAAAGUAAAAUUAUAGAAAAUGGACAGAACUUCUAUUACAUAUAAUUAUGUCGUUAUACGGUUUUGUACCCUUUUUAUUUUGUUUUGUCCGACAUUCUGUGAACUUGUUAUUUUGAUGUAAUGUUUGAAAAACGUAUCCAUCCCUUUUAUGUAAUCUUAUACAAUAUUGUUAUCGGAACAUUAUAUCUGCGGAGGUGCGCUCUUGAAAAUCGUUAGGCAGAAAUGUCAGUUGCAGGAAAUAUCGAUCAGUUAGCUGUCUAAGCAAGGUAUCUGUGCAGAAUGUAUCUCUGUCCAUUCAUAUGUUAUUUUCCAGAUAUUACAAUUCCCAGAGUGCAACAGACAAUUAGUAUAAAUAAAUCCUGAACGUUUUGGCCUUUUGUUUUAGGUAACAUUACAGUGUUGAAAACAAAACAAAAAUGUAUUUGCAGUAGCAGGAUGUGUUCUGUUAACCUUUCAUGACUUAAUUAUAAUUUUGAAGGUCAUAUAUGAAUUGUUCUUUAAGAGGGAAGUCUGAUAAAAUUUCCUUAUAUGAGUGUUUUAAACUGUUGUUUCGUAAUCGUGACUAUAUACUGAUGCAUGAAGACACAAGUCAUGAUCAUAUUAAAUAUUAAAGUGUU